AUGACGCCUCCUCACGUGAGCCUGAGCCACAACGAAUUUGGGGAAGUCACGGCGACCGAGUUGACCGUCCAGUCGGAGCGUGCUUUCCAGAAGCAGCCUCACAUCUUCCAGAACUCGAAGACCAAGACCAAGAGCACCCGACCGGGCAAGGGUGGCCGACGAUGGUAUAAGGACGUCGGUCUGGGUUUCCGAACCCCCAAGACCGCCAUUGAGGGUAGCUACAUCGACAAGAAGUGCCCUUUCACCGGUCUCGUCUCUAUCCGUGGCCGUAUCCUGACCGGUACCGUCGUUUCCACCAAGAUGCACCGCACCAUCAUCAUCCGACGAGAGUACUUGCAUUUCAUCCCCAAGUACUCUCGUUACGAGAAGCGACACAAGAACGUUGCCGCUCACGUCUCCCCCGCUUUCCGUGUUGAGGAGGGUGAUCAGGUCACCGUUGGCCAGUGCCGACCCCUCAGCAAGACCGUCCGCUUCAACGUCCUACGCGUCCUGCCCCGAACUGGCAAGACUGUUAAGAAGUUCUCCAAGUUUUAA